CCCCCCCCCCCCGGCCGGCAUAAGACAUUCAACCCACGUCCCUCUCACCCACUCGAGGUGGAGGGCGAGGAGGCAUGGCGGGCGCUCAGCAUCCCUCCCCGGGGGGCGCGGGGUCACAUUAGCCCCUAGAGCCCCGGGGGACGGCGGUGGGGACCCCUCGGGGGUUCUCCCCGGCCCCCCCAUAACCCCCCCCCCCCACCCCGACCCCCGUGGGUUUCCAAACUUUCCGUGGCCGCCGCCGCCGUGAUUGGCGCGGCGGAGGCCACCUCCAUGCAAAUGAAGCCCCGCCGCCCGCCGCCCGCAGAUCAAUAGGGACGCGGGGGAAGGAGCAUGCAGUCCGCCUGGGCAGGCGUGGGGAGAGCCGGCAGAAGCACGCCGAAAACACCCCCCAAAACAAACCCCCCGCCGGCUCACCGCAAUUUCCCCGUCGUCCCCCCCCUUCUCCCGCACACCCCGGCCCCCCGAGCUCCUCUAAAGCGAGAGCUUCCCUCCUCUGCUUUCUUAUGAACCCAGGAUGAGCAGCAAAGAAGACCCGAGCAAGUGCUGUCCGGCGGCUGCUCCCAUCUCCAGUUUCACCAUCCAGUCCAUCCUGGGCAGCAGCGGCAGCGCCGAGCCCCCCCGGGAGACCGGCGGUAGGGCGACCGCCUGGCCCCCCCGCGGCCGGACCCUCUCCCUUUCCUCGGAGGACGAGGAACCGGAGGAGAGCUGGAAACAUCGCGGCUGCUUCUGCCCCGAAGCUCAGGGCCCCGCCGAGGCGUGCCGUAAGCACCAGCCCCUCACCUUUACUUGUCUCGGCAGCGCCAAAGGGAGCGGAGCGGCGGCGGCGGGCAGCGGGGAGAGGGGGUCCUUCCUCUCGCCCCCCCAGCAGGACUGUAAGGAGGAGAAGGAGAAACCGCUGGGACCCUCCUCGCCCUCCUGCGGGGACCGGCAGCGCGACGGCGGGGACCGGCAGGCCGGCGCGGCCAAGAAGAAGACGCGGACGGUGUUCAGCCGCAGCCAGGUCUAUCAGCUGGAAUCCACCUUCGACAUGAAGCGCUACCUGAGCAGCUCGGAGCGGGCCUGCCUGGCCUCCAGCCUGCAGCUCACCGAGACCCAGGUGAAGACCUGGUUCCAGAACCGCAGGAACAAGUGGAAAAGGCAGCUCUCGGCCGAGCUGGAGGCGGCCAACAUGGCCCACGCCUCGGCGCAGACUCUGGUGGGGAUGCCGCUGGUGUUCAGAGACAAUUCCCUCCUCCGAGUGCCGGUGCCCCGGUCCAUCGCCUUCCCUGCCCCUCUCUACUACCCCGGCAGCAACCUCUCGGCCUUACCGCUCUACAACCUCUACAACAAGAUCGACUACUGAGCCGCCGUCCUUCCCUUCCCGCGGCCGCCCCGUCGGGGCCGGGACCGGGACGGGGACCGGGACCGGGGCCGGGGCCGCCGCGGGGGCUUCGUGCAGGUUCUCGGCCCUCCUCCGCGGCGGGGACAAGAGGAACGAAACUGAUGGGAGGGACGGGCAAACGGAGAAGCCCGGGGAGCCGGGGGCACCGCCGCCGCUCCCCUCCCACUAUCCUGCCACUUGAAAAACAAAAAUAAUUAAAAAAGCGUUAUUUCAGAUCUGUAAAUAUUUUUAAAGAAAGAAAAAAAAAAUAAAACGUUUUAAGCCUCGUUUGUAAAUUUGCCAGCUCCAUCGCCUCUUCCCACCGGGCGGCCCUGCCCGGAGGGGUACCCCGGGACCGGGGGGUGCCCCGCAGCCGGACCGGGCACGGUGGGGACCCGUCGCUGCGGGAAAGGGCCCGCGGGGCCUGGGGCCGAUAGACGGGAGAGCAAAAACGACAUGUUGUAAAGCCGAGGGUUUAUUUAUUUUUUUUUUUCUUUUUUUUUUGUGCCUCCUGCUCGUUAUCUCGUUUCCUGCAGGGAUUCCCAGGCGGGCCUGCCCCGUACCCCUGCCCGUAGUCCCGCGGGACCGGCGGGGGCUCGGUCCCCCGGGCUUGGCUGCAAGACGAAGGGCCUUUCUCAAAGGCUCAGAAGCGAUUUCGGAAACGGGGACCGUUUUUCUGGUUUGCGGAGUAUUUCGCUAAAAGCGGCGGUGACAGGCAGCGGGGCCGGCAGGUCCCGGUGAUCGAUCCCGGUGCGCAGCGGCUCCUCUCGCCGCCCCUGGGCACCCACGGCUGACUCCCCACGGAGGACGGAGUCAAUCGUUCGCACAAAAAAGUAAAUCCCGCAGCAAGCGG